CAUUUCUUUCUUUAAAAGGCAUGCAAGAUACUUAACUGUUGUCUAAAAUAUUAGGAAAUCAAAGUUAGGUGGUAAUUUAUGUUUCUUAUCAAGCCUUAAAUUAGUAACAAAUCACAACAACUGAGCAGUUGGUUAAAUCACUUUCCACUUGCAGUUGCUACCAAAGUUUUGUCGAAGAGCCACACCCUUAACGGGUCAAAGUUGGAAGUUAGUCUCCACAGCGCUUUCCUUGGGAAGCCAGUCUCUCAGCCGGAAGCACAGGAAGUUGAGCUGAUGACAAGUAUCCCAUUAGACUCACAAGUAAUGCUCUUUAUUUGUGAGCACUACAAAGCUGAGUUCACGCAGGUCCAGGAUGAUCAUGGUGUAACGAUAACCUGGGAAGAAGGCGCCAGUAGUAUAACCGUCAGGCCUGUGGGUAAAACAUCAGCAGACAGGAAUGACUUUGAUGAGGCAUGCAAGGUCAUCGCUUCUUUCGAGCAAACAUUUAAGACAGCCACUUCACAUGUCCUGCCCGAAGCUUGGAAAGCUGUUGUGGAUAACUUCAUGAAAAAUGCUAGCGCCAUGGAGGAAAAAGUGAAAGUGCAUUGUGUAGAUCAGCAGCAUGUCAUUUCCCUCACAGGAAAGAAGCAAGAUGUGGACGGACUCGUGAAGGAUUUGGAAGACGUAAAAACAAGUAUCGAGAGAAAAGUUAAACUUGAGGCUUCUAAAGUAACCAAGUCUAUCAAUAUCCCGAAUACUGUGAAAGUGCAGUUUCUAAGAGACUUAGACUUUGGGAAGGAACUAGAAGCCGAGUUCGAAGAAACUCAAGUUACCAUAAUCCUGGAAACGGGAAAGGUUGAAAUUCGUGCUCCUUCUAACACUGUUCACCGGAUUUCAGCUGCGGUAUGGGAGGCAGUGGCCAACAUGAAGGAAUUAAGAAUUGAGAUGUCGCAGAAUGCUGUGGAAUUGCUUAGGAGUACAGCGGGUCGAGUAUUCAUGAACAACCAAUUAACAGCCAACAAUUUACAAGCUGCCUUGGCCUUUGAUUCAGAACGGAAGGACAAUGUAAUAGUUAUGGGAAUGAAAACCGAAGUUGCUGAAAAAGCUUCAAGGCUGGUUAAAAGGUUAGUCAUUGAAGAGUGCCUUGACCUAGACGAAGAUCAAGCUCAGCUUGAGAAAAGUGAAAAGUGGUGCCAGUUAAGAAAUGAUCUGACCGAAAAACGCAUCUUGAGCCUCUCUUUUGAUAGAAGCAACAAGAAAAUAUGGUUAGUGGGAACAAAGAAUGAUGUUUCGUUCGCUCUAGGAGCUGUCAAGCGUUUCUUGAAAGAGAAUACCAUCGUCAGUAGCGUGGUGUCACUUCCGCGAGGUUGCAGGCGGUUCCUUAUCAGGCACAGAGAAAAGGAACUGCGGCAAAUAGAAGAAGAAUUGAAAGACUAUUCUACUCGUAUUAAACGAGUUGCAAGUGAAAAUGAUGAAGAUUUGGUUGUCUCUGGAACAACUGACGGCGUUCAGAGAUGUACGAGUUUGAUUCAAAAUCUGGCGUCCAAAAUUGUGAACCAAAAGGUUCUUCUAAACAAACCAGGGAUGCGCAGAGUGCUGGAUCGAACCCAGGGCAAGAAAUUGCUGAGUCUACUGGAGAAUGAAAAUAAAUGCGUAAUUGAGCAGUUUAUCCAUCCAAAAGACGAUCCAUUAAAGAAACCAUUAAAUGUUGAAGGAACAAAUGAAAAGAAGAAAGAGAGCAUUCGUAGUUUCCUUACCCCGGAAGGAAAAUACAUACUGCUAUUUCAGGACGACAUCUGCAAUCGUAAUGUGGACGUCAUUGUGAAUGCGGCCAGUUCUAAACUCUAUCAUGCGGCUGGCGUGUCCAAAGCUAUUGCUGAGGCGGCUGGAGAAGUCAUGAAGGAUGAAUGUGAACGAUACAUAGUCGACCGAGGGCCGAUAUUGGAUGGACAAGUAGCAGUUACGUCUGCCGGAAAAUUGCCUUUCAAGAAAGUCAUUCAUGCAGUGGGUCCAUUUUGGAGAAAGGAAGCAUCACGGGAAAAAGCAAUGGGAAAAUCUCCAAGAGAGGAGAAACUUCUGCGUUACGCAGUAACAAAUGCCUUAGAUGCUGCGAAAAGCUAUCAGUCGGUUGCAAUUCCUGCCAUCGGUACAGGCAUUUAUGAAUGUCCACGUGAGCUGUGCGCCCAAAUCAUGGUUGACUCGGCACUACAGUUUUUUCAAGAAAACGCAGGUUGUCGGUUGUCUGAGAUUCAAUUCACGAGCAUUCAAGAUGACGUUGUGAAGGCCUUUGUCAGGGAAAUGGAUUCCAGAUUUCAUCAAGAUCCCAAUUAUGCAACGUCGUCCGAUGCAAAGGAGAAGAUAAAGGCAAAGAAAGGCAAAGGAAGACACAAAUCAAUGCCCAGGCCAGACUUGGAAUCACCUUCUGCAGAUAUACCAAAUGUCAUCAAAUCAGCGGAAGGCCUGAUAUUGACUCUCGUAACUGGUGAUAUGUCUCAACAGAAGGUUGAUGUUAUUAUCAAUUCGACGUCAUCAGAGCUAGAUCUAACCAGAAACGCAAGCUCUAAAGCCUUGAGUGAUGCUGCUGGUCCCAUGCUACAGCAAGAGUGUAAGGCGAUUGGUAAGGUGAGCACUGGAGACAUUGUGAUAACAAGUGGAGCAAAGUUGAAGUGUAAGCAUGUCUUCCACACUUCGUGCGCUGGAUGGAACCAGCAGAGCGGUGAACAGGCAUUACGUAACAUCAUCAAGAAAUGCCUCAAUGAAACUCACAAACGACAACUUGAAAGUAUAGCCAUCCCUGCGAUUGGAACUGGAAAUCUUGGUUAUCCCCGUGAUCGUGUGGCUGCUGCCUCCUUAGAUGAAGUUUUGGCAUUCAGUAAGAAUAAUCCAAACAGCACUUUAAAGGAGGUACUUUUAGUUGUGUAUGACAAAGAUCUACCCUCGGUGCAAGCCUUCCAGACCGAAUUUCAGAGUAGGAAAGGAAGUCAUCCUGGACCACCCGCACCACCACCAGCAGAAAGUGGAAAGAAAAAGCGUCGUACAUCGAGAGGAUUGGCGACCACGAAGUCCGAUCCAGACGACUCAAUCGCUGACGUCGAUUCCUUCGACAAUGUAGAAGAAUUUGAAUUAGAUCUUUUAAAGCCUGAAGUCACUAUAGGAAACGUCACUGUUCAAAUCGAAUCCGGUGACAUCACCAGAGAAGUAACCGAUGCAAUUGCAACAAUUUCAAACGACCAACUAGAUGUUGCAUAUGGCGGCGGCGUUGGAAAGGCAAUUCUAGAUGCUGGAGGAACUACUAUUCAGGAGGAAUGCUCAUCCAUGGGGUCCCAAUUACCAGGUUCAAUUGCAAUAACUGGAGCAGGAAAGCUACAAACAGGGAAAAUCUAUCACAUGGUUCCCGAUCACCGAUUGAAGGAUCCUAUAAAAGACUGCAUUGCCAAGUGCCUUCAAAAAGCUGAUUCAAACAGGCUGACGUCGAUAUCAUUCCCAGCUGUUGGAACUGGUAACAUCCAAAGAGGUGCAAAAGAAGCUGCUGAAGCGAUGCUUAUGGCAAUUUCCAAGUUUUCCCAAGAGCAGCCAAAAUCACUUGUUUUAGUUAGGAUUGUUAUCUUUCAGCAGCGCAUGUUCCAGGUCUUCCGAAACGCGAUGCAGGCAAGCAUUUCACCACCAGAUGGUGAACCAGGCCUUAUAUCUAAGAUUGCUGGCUGGUUUGGAUUCGGAAAAAGUGGCACGACAACUUCGCAUAGCAUAACAUCAAAGAAGCUUUCGGGUGAGAAAGGAAUCAGCUACUUGGAAAUUUUCGCAGGGACCAAGCAAGAUAUUGACAAAGCUGUCGAAGAAAUUGAAAAAGAUGUUGCCGAACACUGUAAACUGAAAGUGAUUGAACGCGAUGCCAUAAGCAAGCUCUCGAAAGAACAAACACAGAAAAUAAAGGAUUUGAGAGAAAAACACGACGUUGCAGUAACCAUUGAGGAGUCAAUUGGACGAAUAAGUGUAAGGGGUGAUGCAGAUGACGUGGUAGACGUUGCUGGCAUAAUUUACGAAAUCCUCAAUCAACAGAUAGAAGAAGAGCACACUCGAGGAGUCGAAGAACUCGUCUCCAAGAACACGCAAUGGUUCUCUUAUGGUGAUGAUGGCAGUCUCGAGCCCUAUGACACGAGUAUUAACUUGCAGAUAGAGAAAGCGUUCGGUGAUGGCCAGAAUUCCGUCAUAGUCCUAAUUGAUGAUGACAGAUGUGAGAUUGUCUUCAAGGACAUGAAAGAAACCUGCCUUGACGAUGGCGAAGAAAGAAGUGUCGUCCGAAAAGAGAUUGGGAAAGGUAUUCCAUUACCAAACGAAUGGGGCGUGCAUCCAAAAGACAGUUCCGGUAAAGAGGAGGAGGUUUAUCUAGUGCCUUUGGAUCCUGUCACCCACGAAAACGAGUACAAAAAGGUAGCUGAUGAAGUUCGCAAGACUUCCGCUGUCACCAUCACUAAAAUUCAGAGAGUACAGAAUCCUGCCCUGUACCGUGUAUAUAUGUCUGCGGGGGAUGUCGGCGGCUCGUCGUAUUUGUUUGGUGACGAAAUUACGGUUGUAACCUCGUUUAAGGAGGCACAUGUCCUAGUUGCCAAGAAAGCUUUAGGUGUCCGUAGAAUGAAGAACAAUCCUUGGAUUUCCGGAGACACCUUUAAGGCAGUACUUGAGAGAAGUAAGCUUAAGGGAAAGAUUAACAAUGACAGAUCAAUUCGUGUUAAGUCAAACCUUCAGACAAAAUAUUACAUAAAGGAUAAAGAAACUAAGAGACUGGUAAGAAGAGAUGAAAGAAAGGUAGUUGAUGAUAUGGUAACUAAAGCAGAUUAA